AUGGAGCCCUCGGCCAAGAUGGAGUUCUUCCAGAAGUUGGGCUACGGUCAGGAGGACGUGGUCAGGGUGCUGGGCAAGCUGGGCCAGGGCGCCCUGGUCAACGACGUGCUGCGGGAGUUGAUCCAGACCUGCAGCCACCCCGCGACCCAGGAGCGACCAACAGGAGGCGCAGCCGGGCCCCUGCUCAUCCCUCGGGGUUCCUGCGGGCCGCGGGACUCCAUCCAGGGUCGGCUGGGGACAGACCCAGAAGAGGACUUCGAAGGCCCUGCGGGUGCCCUGAGACCCAUAGUGAUCGACGGUAGCAACGUGGCUAUGAGCCAUGGAAACAAAGAAGCCUUCUCUUGCCGGGGAAUCCAGCUGGCUGUGGACUGGUUCCGGGGCAGAGGACACACCUCCAUCAAGGUUUUUGUCCCAUCCUGGAGGAAAGAACCAUCAAGAUCUGAUACCCCUAUUAGAGAGCGUCACGUGCUGGAGGAACUGGAGCGGCAGUCCGUGCUGGUGUAUACCCCGUCUCGCAGGGUGAGCGGCAAGCGGGUGGUCUGUUAUGACGACCGCUACAUUGUCAAGUUGGCGUAUGAGCAAGACGGCGUUAUCGUCUCCAACGACAACUACCGAGACCUGCAAAGUGAGAACCCGGAGUGGAAGUGGUUCAUCGAACAGCGACUGCUCAUGUUCUCCUUUGUCAAUGACAGGUUUAUGCCUCCUGAUGACCCCCUGGGCCGCCGAGGACCCACCCUGAGCAACUUUCUAAGCCGGAAACCCAAGCCUCCGGCACCAUCCUGGCAACACUGCCCCUACGGCAAAAAAUGUACUUAUGGCAUCAAGUGCAAGUUCUACCACCCAGAGAGGCCGCACCGCGCGCAGUUGGCCGUGGCGGACGAGCUGCGUGCCCAAACCCGGGCCUGGCCAGGAGCGGGCGCCUGGGAGGAGAGGCGGCGGGCCUCGGGGGCGGCGGCCGGCAGUUCUCCGGGCGCCCUGGCACCUACCCGACUCGAGCCCCGGGCCUCCGGCGGCGCGCACAGUCUCCCACCGGAGCGACCUGCCAGCAACGUGGCAGCCCUGGAAGGGUGCUUCUCCCGGCUCGCCGUCAGCGACGAUCUGGGGCUUUUGGGAACCCUCUCCCCCGGUCCAGGCCUCGCGCCAGGGUUGUGCUGUCCCGACUGGGUGCUCGCUGGUGGCUUCGUCUCCGGGACCUUGCCGUGCCCACGGGCACCUUCGUGCCCCGAAGCUCCAGAGCCAGCCCUGCCCGGCUGCUCGAGCCCCCAGCGCCCGUUUGCCCCUGGCGAUCACCCACCGCAGUCCGGCCCGUGGAGUGGGUUCUGCCCCAAGGACCUACAGAAUGACCUGCUUCCCCCUGGCCCGCAGUCGGAGGAGUCGUGGGUCCUCCCACAAGUGCCGGACCGCUUCCCAGGCCGCUCGACCUGGGCAGAGUCGGGCUGGGGAGACUGCACCUUUGGGGGGCCCUCUGAGUACUCGCCCUCCGCUGCCGACAGCGUGUUGGACGCACGCUUGAGGGCGCGUAGCACACUCUGCAGCAUCUUCCCGCACGAGCAGGUGGACCGCGUGAUGCUCUUGUAUCCAGAACAGUCGGACACCACCCAGCUCAUCCUCCUCAUCCAGAGAUUCCAACGGACUGGGGCGCCGCUGGGAACCCCGGAAGGAACUUGUCCACGGGACUGCAAGUAA